AUCAUAACGGAAAGGACGGUAGCCAAGCGAACGCGUUUGGAGGAUGAUGCAAUAUCGCUCACGUCGACCCAGAGCAAAGAGAACGAUUCGUCUCAAGAUUUAACGCCGAUAGCGUUCUAGCCGAGAAGACUAAGCAUAGCAGGAAAAUGUACUUGCUAUCUCGGACAGGCUAUCCAAAAGAGAAGUCAAUAUGGGAACCGAGAAAGAAUAUUAGUACUAAGAUAUUAGAGAGUUGGAAAGAAAAGAAGAAGCAACAAGAGAAAAAUAUCGAGAAGCCUUUCGAUAUAGUUCGGUUCGAAGCUAGAUUGGAGAGACUAGCUGCAGAAAAGGAAGACUGCCACAGACGCCGCAAGGCAAAGAGGAGACGAUUGGAAAGGCAGGUUUCAGAAUCUGAAUCUGAGAGUCAAGAAGAGGCCGACGAUAGCAAUUCGAGCAUAGAAGCCCUUGAGGACAAAAGCCUGCUCGAGACGAAGAGCAAGGCGCCUGUCAAGGAGAAGCCGUUCGAAGCUCUAGUCAUACCCAGAGGCCAACGUAUUUGUCCCCAUUGUGGUAGGCCAUGUCCAUCGAAAUCCCGCCUAACACAGCACUUGCUCACACACUCUAACGCGCAACGAUUCACUUGUCCCGAUUGUGGGUAGGCAGGCAAACAGCAAUGUAAUAUGACAAAGCACCGACAGGUACAUUCUACAGCGCGACCACUCGCUUGUCUUUAUCCCGGCUGUAGGAAGGCAUUUGUACGAGCAUCCGGGCUGAGAUCUCAUCAAAAGACACAUUCUACAGAGCGGCCAUUCACUUGGCUUUAUCCCGGUUAUAGGAAGGCAUUUAAACGGGGAUCCGAGCUAAAGACACAUGGACGUACACAUUCCUUCCCAUGCUCCUAGAUACUCCUCGAGCUUUCGGUACCAUUCACCUUGCCGUAUGCUGCCUGAGGUAGCUAGGUGCUUCUGUUGUGACUUGUCUCUUGUAUGGGUACGACGCUCGUGAGUCGAUAGUAGGCCAGAACCAGGAAAUGCCGCUCUGCAGCCGAAACAAAUAUAAUCU